AUGCUUUUUGAUAUCAUUUCAACAGUUCGCCAAUACUGCUCUCCCAAACUAAUAGAGUUUGUUCCUUCCAAGCAAGAUGGGCUUGAUAGUGAUGUCGAUUCCGGUGCAAUAACAUUAAAGUCGUUGAUUGAUAAGAAUAUACCAGAGUUGAGAGAUAAGAACUAUUUUUUGAUGAAUCCAUUAUUGACUAAUGGGCAUUUUCAAACCUCAUAUGCUGGGCUUCAACAUUUCGAGAAUAUCGAUAAGGUGUAUUAUAAAAGAAAAAUUUUGAAUUAUCCCGAUGGAGGAAUUGGAGCAAUAGAUUUUGUUGACGUUAAAUUAACUCAAAAGAGAUCCAGUAACUCAAGUGAUGAGAUAAAUUUUCUCAAGAUAUCCGAAACAGAUCCUAUUAUCAAGACAUAUAAGAAUAAGUACGAUCUUGGGAAAUUGCCUCCAAGAACUAGAUAUUUAACCAGAGAAGAGAUUAAAAAAUUGAACACAAAUGACAACAAUCCAUUACUAGUUAUUCUACAUGGGUUAGCUGGUGGUUCACACGAAGCGUAUGUUCGUUGUUUAAUUCAAGAGAUUACAUCAAAGGACUACAAAUUCGAUGCAGUUGUAUUGAAUGCUAGAGGAUGUUCGAAUUCCAAGAUCGUUACACCCAGAAUGUUUAAUGGGGUUUGGACUGAUGAUUUAAGGUGUCUUUUGAGCUAUUUAAAAAAGAUUUAUCCCAACAAGCCAUUAUACGGAAUUGGGUUUUCAUUGGGAGCAUCGAUGUUGGCGAAUUAUUUAGGGCAAGAAAGUGAAGAAUCCAAAUUUACAGCAGCUUGUGUAUUGUGCAAUCCAUGGGAUAUGUAUCAAUCCUCAUGUUAUAUGCAUUCGUCGAGUAAUCAUAUUGGACGAGAAAUCUAUUCCACAGUGAUGACCAAGGGAUUGAAAAAACUAUUGGAGAAUAACAUUGACGCAAUUUCGAAAAACGAGUUGGUUCAAAAGACGUUGAAUAUGAAUUUCAACACGAGUGAUUUAAAAGGUGUUAUUAAAGAUAAAAACAAGAUCAAGUACUUGUAUGAUUUUGAUGACAAUUUCACAUCAGUUAUGUUUGGGUUUAAUAAUGCAAAUGAGUAUUAUAGAAAUGGGUCGUCAAUAUUAAGAAUACCUAAGAUUCGUACUCCGUUGUUGAUUAUCAAUGCAAAGGACGAUCCAAUUGUUGGAGAUAAAGCCAUUCCUCGAAAGGAGGUGGUUAAGAAUCCAUAUAUUGUGUUGUGUGUUAGUGAUUAUGGAGGACAUUUGGGAUGGUUUACAAUGGGCAAUAAAAGAUGGUAUGCAAAACCUGUUUCCAAUUUUUUCAAGAGAUUUCAUGAGGAUAUCUAUUUAAAAAAGUUAGAGAUUAAAGCAGAUGAGAGAUUUAUGCCAAAUCCAAGAUAUUUCGAUGGUAGUAAAUUAAUAAUGCCCGAUUCGUUUAGUGAAAUGAAACUUAAAGAGAAUCUAAAUGAAAUUGAGAGUGGGAAAAGUGAUAAAGAAGAUCAAAAUCAAGAGGGACAAGACAAUGAGGAAGAAGAUGAUGAUGAUGAGAAUAAUAGAAGUAAUGGGAAUGAGAAAGUAGAAAAUUAUUUGCAGCCAGAUUUAUCAGUCAAGAUCAAAUCCAAAUUAUGA